AUGGCUCGCCGCCCGUUGCUGUCACCAUUCACGCCACGUUUUAACCGUUUUUUCGAUGAUUUUCGAGACUUUGACUUGGAUCGAACAUUUCAACGUCCAUAUUGGGUGGACUGUUCGUUCGAAAAUUCACAUAAGCUCGGUUCCGGUAUUGGACAGGUGACUGAUAAUGAUGAGCACUUCUCAGUGACAAUUGAUGUAUCGCAGUUUGCGCCCGAAGAUUUGAAGGUAUCGGUGAACGAGGGAAUGCUUAUCAUUGAGGGCAAACAUCCAAUGAUCAAAGAUGAAUUUGGAGAGGUUUGUCCCGUUUUUUGUCCCGUUCUUAACUUGCUUUUUAUGUGUUUUUGCAUAUUUGCAAAUGCGAAAACGUAUACUGUGACGACCCAUAGUGUGCGUGUAUGUGUGUGUGUGUAUGUGCCUGUCCGGGUAUUUUAA